CUUUCGUGUUUAUCAACAAGUGCCGCAUACAUCUGAUUCUACUCUAGACGUGCUCGUUCUUUUCAUCUUUCUCUUUCUCUCUCUCUCUCUCUCUCUCUCUCUCUCUCUUUAUUUUUAUCUUUUUCUCUUUCAUUUGAUAUAUCAUCGAAUAUUCUUCGUUUUUUCUCUCGUACUUUCCGUUAUCUUUUUGUAUCGUUUAGAAUGAGUGCGUGUAAGAUCAUCGAAUUUUUGCAUAUGUGACAUCACGUGAGUUCAACACUUCAAACUGGAUGUGAAGUGUCGUCCUUCUUGAACCAAUUAGGACCUUGGUACACAGGGCGUAUUUAAACGAACGACGACCACCCGUUUAAACUUAUCUUUCCUCUUGUUCCUCCUCGUCGUUGUUGCUUUCGAAGUCAUUGUCAUCGUUAACACGAAGGCGAUUAUCGUGAGAAGAAGAAAGGAUAAAGAAAGAGAGAGAAAGAGAGAGGGAGAGAGAGAGAGAGAGAGAGAAAAAAAGAGAGAAAGGACAAGCGCGUAUUGGAAAUGUGUGACAAAGAAAACCAGCAACCAACAAAAGUGAAUGCACUCGAGGAUAUUGAGGAGGACAUGCAGGAAGAAGAUGCGAUGUCACCGAGCAGUAGAUGCAUGGACGACGCUAUAAACAACACGAUCAUGGAGAAGCUACAAAGUUUCGCGUUAAAACAUAAUACAGGAGGGGAAGCAUUGAAGGCCUUAAUAACCAAGAUACACGCACGAGUCACCUCUUCAGAUAAACGAGUUCGCGAGGAUAUGUUGGAAAAAUUAUGGACCAAGGGUUCUGGUGCAAUGGAGAUUUUUAUUAUCAUUCUUGCGCAUUGCAAGGAUCUCGCAGUGAUUUAUACUAUUGCUGCAAUAUUACACGAGUGCAUAAUGCCAAAAGUAACGAAAAGCAAAUCGAAAGGAAGUAAAAUCAAAAGUGCAACAAAAAGCAGUAGCCGAAUAGCUGUCAUUCAACUGAUAAACUUAGGGAUCACGCAAGUCCUAGUUAAAAAUUUAAUGAAUAUCCAGAAUCAAGACAGUCCUAUUGUGGAUGUCAUGAUGCAAGAAGUUCUUUGGAUUUUGGGACAGAUUAGCCAAUGGGAUAUGAGAAUUUUAGCUAAUGUCAAAAGUUCAAGUUGUAUCAAGAUAUUUCACACACUCCUCGCGCAACAUUAUAACAACAGUAAAAUGAUUUUUCCAUUGUUGCUGAUAAUGAAAACUCUUGCUCAGAACUCAUUUUGUCAAGAAAUUCUUAUUAAUGACGGUAUAGUUAAUACAUUGGAAAAGACCCUGAUAUUAGUUGGUAACGCAUCUAAUAUUAGAUUAAGAGUUUUGGUUGAAUGUUUGAAAUAUUUGACUACUAACAAAUUAUGCUGCAAGAAGCUCGUAAAGAUUGGGAUUGUAAAUCAAUUGAUGCGAAUUUUCGACAGAUGGGAGAGAUACGAGGGACAGAUGAGACUGAAGAUAUGCAACUACGCUCUGAACACGCUACAGCAUCUUUGCGUAAUAAAGUCUGGUAGGAAUGCUAUUAAGUCGAACAAUGGUCUGCAGCUACUGUACCGGUUUUGUACAUACUGCCCGGAGGAAAAAGCCUACGAUUGCUUAUUGUCACGUAUAUGUAGUAUAAUCAAUCAAUGUCUGGAAAAGAAGGACUUGCCUGUACCCAUAAUGUCUCCUGCAAGAUUCAAUCUACCGGAAGCGAAUACCAGGGCUAACAGCAUCGAAAGUGGAAGUGAUCUUGACAGUCAAGCCAACAGCGUGGCCUCGCUUGGAAGAUUAUAUAGUGAUUUUGAUUCAGGAGACGACGAAGAUAGUCAUAGUUCGAGGAGAACGAGUGAUAAGAAUUUGUAUCCUACCGAGGAGAUAGAUGAGAGUAAAUUUUUUGCCGGAGUUUUUACAUCUCAAAGGACCGAAGAAAAUUUGAUUGGGUAUAGCGUUUUCUUUAAAGAGCUGAAUAAUUUUCAAAUAAAACUCGAACAUACUGCGUCGAAUUUAACAGUCAACAAUGAGAAAACGUUAACUCGCUCAAAAAGUCUUUUAAAGGAAACGCAUAAGGACGAAAUGGAAUAUCAAAUAAAGCAUAAAAAUAUAUUAUCUAAUUUCAAAACACUAAGAGAUCUUUCAUUGACUACUACUAAUCAGCUUGCUUAUUGCAUAAUAGCAACCGAAGUGAAAAGUGUUAUCAGAUUUGUCAAAGUUGCUUAUCCCGAUUUAAUCGGUGGUGACUCUUUUCGAAAACCAGAACCAUUGAACUGUAAAGAUAGAAAAGUUUGUCGUGAAAAAUUGUUAACUUGCGUGGAAAGAAGUCUUCACGCUAAUACCAAAAAUUACGAGGUUGUUUAUAAUCUGGAUGUUCUAGCGAUGAAUGUACCAACGAAUGAUCGAAUUUCGGAUAAAUUACUUUGUAAUUGGGACGAAAAGAGAAUUGGAAAAAGGAACCUAGAGACCAAAUAUUUACAAUUUGAAUCUCGUUUUGAAAGUGGAAAUUUGAGAAAAGCUAUUAAGAUAGGCUUGAGAGAAUACGACUUGAUCUUAACACCAGAUGUUAACAGUGUUUCUAGACAUCAAUGGUUUUACUUCGAAGUAUCAAAUAUGGAAAUAAAUGCUCCUUACACGUUCAAUAUCAUAAAUUGCGAAAAAGCAAACUCUCAGUUUAAUUUCGGCAUGAAGCCUAUUCUGUUCAGCGUAAUCGAAGCUCAAUUGGGACGACCUGGUUGGGUCAGAACUGGGAGAGAUAUUUGUUAUUAUAGAAAUUGUUAUCAGAAACCAACGAAGGGAAAGAAUUAUUUGACGACAACUUUCACAGUUAUCUUUCCUCAUGCUCACGACGUUUGUUAUCUGGCAUAUCACUUCCCUUAUACUUAUACUCAAUUAAUGACCAAUAUUUGGAAAUGGACUGGAAAGAUUUGUUCUUCGAACAUUUAUUUUCGUGCCGAUUCAUUUUGCGAGUCGUUGAAUAACAAUGAAAUUCCAUUAAUGACCAUAACUGCGCCAGAUUCUAAGGACAAUCCUAUAUCGAACAGAAAAGUGAUCUUCCUUACGUCGAGAGUCCAUCCAGGUGAAAGCAACGCAUCAUGGAUAAUGCAUGGAACAUUGGAGACUCUUCUAAGCAAUUCUACUUAUGCUAGUAGCUUACGUGACGAUUAUGUAUUUAAAAUCGUCCCGAUGUUGAACCCAGAAGGUGUGGUCAAUGGCUGCAAUCGAUAUGGACUAACGAAUGAAGACUUGAACAGACAGUGGAGCAAUCCAGAUCAAUCGUUACAUCCAGUGAUCUAUCACACGAAGGGCUUGAUGGAAUACUGCACUAGGGUCCUGAGAAGACCUCCUCAUGUCUUCGUCGACUAUCACGGCCAUUCACGGAGGAAGAACGUGUUUCUCUUCGGUUGUUCAAGGUCGAGUUCCUGGAGCGCCGCGGACAGGGCGAAACCGGACCAGCCGGUGCAGUAUUUGAUGUUACCACACUUAAUGCAAAAAGUUUCACCGGCUUUUGCUUUGCCGUUGUGCUCCUUCAAGGUAGAAAGAAAUAAGGAAUCCACCGCCAGGGUUGCCAUAUGGCGGGAGUUGGGUAUUUCGAGAAGUUAUACGAUGGAGAGUAGCUUCUGUGGUUGCGAUCAAGGAAAACUCGCUGGGUUACAUUUCGAUACGGAUCAUUUGAAAGAUGUUGGACGUGACUUUUGUCAAGCAUUAGCCAUGAUGAAGGAUGCUGAUGAAAAUUUAAACAUUGAUAAAUACAUCGAAGAGUCUUGCUGUCCACGAAAAUGUAUUCUACGGAAAAUGAGAAGAAAACCUAAAUGCAUUCAGGACAAACUUGCUAUACAUCAUAUCACUGGGAUUCCUUAGCGAUGGAAACGUAAAUAUCGAUUAAGAAUCGUGUGAUGCACGUUUUUGUUUGCUGUUUUUUAACCACGAAUUUGCUCCAGGAUUUAAAGAGGAUCAAAAUGAGUUUUGUUUGAGAUCUAAUUUGACUAGGCUAAUCAUUAAUCACUUUAGAUUCAUUUUUUCGACUCGUAAUCGUGUUGGUUUUUUUUUUUGUAAAUUCUUUAGGAUAGAAAAUUAAUCCAUUCGUUUUGUUGUUGUUGUGUUUUUGUAGGAUUCUAAUGGGAGAAACUAUUCCUGAAGAAUCAGGAUGCAUGGUGGAAGAAGUAACUUCCAGUUGUGAUUCGGACGAGUCUGAUUUGGAGACUUAAGGAGAUUUCUCUUUCCUUCAGAGUUUGGAAGAUUUGUAAAUCGAACGUCCACUUGCCAGAAGAUAAAUUUAUUACUCAUUGUUGUUGAAAAAUACGUCGGAUUCUGGUUCCGAAUCGGACAUAUACGAGAAGUCAUUAUUUUGUGAAAAAGAUUUAUUGAAAAAUUGUAACAAAUGGUGAAAAUCUUUUACCACUUAUUUACUAUCUACAUACACACGACAAGCUGUUGUUUCGAAUAUAAAAAAAGAAAUUAAGAAAAAGAAAAAAAGAAAAAUGCAAAUAAAACAGUUCACAAAGCUUACCCUUCUACGAUAUUCGAGUUAACACGAUUGAAAAAUCUUGUACAAAUUUACAAUUAUGUUUUCUUUAUAAAAAAAAAAUUCGAAUUUUAAUUUCUCGGAACCAGAAUUUUUUGAAAUGGAAUAUUCUUCGUGUCGAAUUUAAAUCCUGUCGUUACAAUUUUUCUGAUUGUUCAAAAAUGUAAUUCUCAUUGAAAUUUCUAUAUCACAAAUCAUAGUUAAUGAAUAUUAAAGUAAAUACGAAGAAAAUUCAACGAUUACGUUUACGAGUUGAUCGCGGAAGCAAAGGCACAUAACGAUUGCUCUAAUAAACGACAAAAUAUUGACAAUAUCUUUAGUAGGAAUUUUCAAAUAUAUAAUAGCUCACAUAUACAUGCGAUCGUUUAAUGUAAGACUUCUAAUCUACUUGAAUAUUAGAAUAAUAUGAAAAUGAUCGCUCGCAUUCUUGCAUUCUCUCGUUGUACCUCGCUACCAGAUACAUACAUGUCAUACAUUUAAUAGAAAAAAAAAAAGAAACAAAUAAAAUGAAAUAAAAUCAAAAGAAAUAGAAAUAUUGAAAGAAAUGAAUUCAAAUGUCGAAUCGAAUCCUAAAACUACUUGGAACGAUGACUAAUCUAUCAUUAAAUUAUAUUUCGUGUGCUGUUACAAGCUCAACGUUACUCUGAAAUAAAUUUAACAUUUUUUUUUUGUAAUUUUUUUGUGUUUUUCUGUUUUUUCUUUUUUUUUUGUCUUUUCCUAUUUUUUCAAGUUUCUUUUUCAUCCACUUUUUAAUAUGAAUAAGAUCGCACGAAUAUAGUAUACAGAGAACAUCACUCGCUUGUUACCAAAUGUAACAAAUUCUGGUUAUUAUUGCGUUAAUUGCUUUAAUACAAGCGGUAUACAUGAUGGUGCUCUACGGUGUUACGAUUAUUAUUAAUACAGUUAUAGUUAUAUAUAUAUAUAUUUUUUUUUUGUGCUUGCGUUAAUUACGCGUCUAAAGUAAAAACAAUUCAAAGAAUAUUUAAUGUUCUGUGACGUAUAUAUGCAUUCUUAAAAGGAACGU